AUGGCGAGAGAGACGAUCUCCGAGCAAACGCUUGCCGGAGAAGCAUCGAGCAGCAGCCGAAAGAGGCAACGGCUUAACUCCAUUGUUGGAGAAGAAGUUGUCGAAGAAGAGAUCGAAGAGGAAGAGGAAGAAGAGGUGAUAACGGAGGUACGAUCGGGGACAAUGUCUGAUUUGGAUCUCCUCGAGUGUCCCGUCUGCUGCAACGCACUCACAGCUCCGAUCUUUCAGUGUGACAAUGGACACAUAGCUUGCUCUUCCUGCUGUGUUAAUCUGAGGCACAAAUGCCCUGCCUGCACUUUGCCCAUUGGUAACUAUCGAUGCAGAAUCAUGGAGAGAGUCGUAGAAGCAAUCAUUGUGCCAUGCCCAAAUGCAAUUCACGGUUGCUCCGAGAAGUUCUCUUACGGGAAGGAGUUAGUCCAUGAGAAGCAAUGCGGUUUCUCUUGUGGCCAUAUCGAUGAUGACGUAUUUUUAUUCCUUCAAGAAUGUAGUGAUGGUAAUCAGAAUGUAGACAGUGACGAGGUGGUAGCCGAGGCACGGUCAGGGACAAUGUUUGAGCUUGAUCUUCUUGACUGUCCCGUUUGCUUCAAGGCACUCACUGCACCUAUCUACCAGUGUGACAAUGGACAUAUAGCUUGCUCUUCUUGCUGUGUUGAUGUGAGGCACAAAUGUUCUGCCUGCACUUUGCCUAUUGGUAACUACCGAUGCAGAAUCAUGGAGAGAGUUGUGGAAGCAAUCAUCGUGCCAUGCCCAAACACCAAACAUGGUUGUCCGGAGAAGUUCUCUUACGGUGAAGAGUUGGUCCAUGAGAAGCAAUGCGGUUUCGCUCUAUGCCACUGUCCUGAACGAAGCUGCAAGUACGCAGGCGUGUACAAGGAUCUCUACCUUCACUACAAUGAUAACCACAGGGACGGGUGGAAUAUUUUCGCCUGCGGACUUGCCAUUCAGGCAUGGAUGCAUACCUGUGAUAAGAUAUUAGUUCUUCAGGAAACUAGAGCCGGUGCGUUGGUCACGGUUCAGUGCUUCGAGGAGCCAAAUGGAAUGUUUGUGAGUGUGAAUUGUAUAGCACCUUCUGCUCCAGGGGUUGGGGAGUUCGCAUAUGUUCUCUCUUACUCGGAUGGAGGCAAAACUGUGUCGUUUGAAAUGUCGGAGAUGAAUAGGAUUCGGAAAGUGAGCUUCCAAAAUCCUGAGGACUACAUGUCAAUUCCUGACCACUGCAUGCUUUUCCGGGAUAGUUUGAAGAUGAAAAUUUGCAUCCGCCGGAGAGGAGAAAAGAAGAAGGAAGGUGAUGAGAACUGA